AUGGUUUUAAAUCCAUCUGAAAUGACAAAUACCGAUGACGAAUCACGUUGGAUACAUUCAGACACAGAUCUUAUAUCAGGUCAUGGUGUCAAUUACAAUGUCAAUUAUAUUGGCUCUGUUGAGGUACUUUGUUCAAUGAAGACACUUGAUUUUGAUGAUAGAACACGAGUUGCUCGUGAUUCUAUUCGUUUAGUAUGUGCAGCUGUAGGCGUUGCAUUACGAGAGCGACGUAAACCUGAAUCAUCAUCACCUGUUCAAUCAAUGAUAGCAACACAAGCAAAUUUAACACAUAGUCUUACACCUGUUCAAUUAAUCAUUAGUACAGAAGCUCUUGUUCUUAAACGUGUAAAUGAUUCUCAAAUUCUUUAUUCACAUCGUAUGGAAGGAAUUUCAUUUGCAAGUGCUGGUGAACAUGAUACAAAAGAUUAUAUAGCUUAUGUCGCAAAAGAUAAUAUGAAUAAACGUGCAUGUCACGUACUUUCAUGUGUAGAAAAUGAAUCAUUAGAUGUUAUUACAACUAUUGGACAAGCUUUUGAAUUAAGAUAUAAUGAAUAUAUGCAAACACAACAACAGCAACAAACGCAUGAACAACAAGGAACAUUAAAAUCAUCUGAUCGUGAUAGACAAAUUCAACAAAAAUCAGAGGACAAUCAAGAUCAUUUUAUUUCAAGCAACAAUAACAACCCAUUACAACAACAAUCACAAGAUAAAUGGAAUACAAUGAAUAGUUCCGAUGUUUACAAAGAAGAUUGGUUUCAUGGAAAGAUUAGUCGAGAAGAUGCUGAACAUUUAUUAAAUCGUAGUGGUGAUUUUCUUGUACGUGAAAGUGCGAAAAUUCCAGGUCAAUUUAUUCUAUCAGGUCGUUCUCGUGAUCAAUUUAAACAUUUACUUCUUGUUGAUCCUGAAGGAGUAAUUCGUACAAAAGAUUAUGAAUUUGAUUCAAUUCAACAUCUCAUCACAUAUCAUAAAUCAGGCAAUAUUCCUAUUGUAUCUGCUGAUAGUGAACUUCUUCUAAAAACACCCGUUCGAUAUGUUAAAUGA